UGCACCCGCCUUUCAGUGAAACCUAUGAAAAAUUGCCGUCGCUAGCGGGCAAAGUAUCCACCUUUAAAGAUGAGUCGUUUGUGAAAGUGAAGCCAGAUUAUCACUGAAGAGUGAUGGAAGAUAUAGCCUAUUUUCUUAUACAACUUCUUGGAUUCUUAAUUUUGUUUGGCAACUAUUACGUUGUUUGAAGAUGAAUGCGAUUUUUUUAUUUUAUUCUUGAAGACGUUUGAGAAAUACAAUGAAACGGAAAGAUACCUCUGCAUACAGCAAACCAUUGAGGAGCGUCGGUCUGGAAGUGACAGAGAUCAUGAAGCGGAGAAAAUUCGGCAUUUUUAAAAUGAACUCUAUAGGCAGAGAUAUACGACACUGAACGGAGAAAAUAUAGGCUAACAUAUGUCUUCUGGCAUGGAGCGCAACGGUCACUUCAAGCCAACACCUGCACAUUUCGACCCGGUAUUAAACAGUUCGACCAGCACCGGCGCUAAUGUGACUUUAAUACCUAAAAUUGACGAAGACGAUUCAAGUUUUGCUUUCCAAGUCACGUUAGCGUUAGUUCUCUGCGUUUUAACUCUCGCCACAAUAUUAAGCAAUGCGUUCGUCAUCGCGACUAUUUCCCAAUCGAGGAAGCUCCAGACACCGGCGAACUUCUUGAUCGCGUCCCUGGCGGUCACGGACCUUUUGGUGUCGGUGCUCGUGAUGCCUAUUUGCGCGCUUUACACGGUCACUCACGAGUGGACGCUCGGGCAGAUUAUUUGCGACAUUUGGCUGUCCUCAGAUAUAACCUGUUGCACGGCGUCUAUUCUUCACCUGUGCGUAAUUGCUUUGGAUCGAUACUGGGCUAUAACGGACGCGGUCGAGUAUGCCAAGAAACGUACCCAAGCGCGCGCCGCGGGGAUGGUGGCGACCGCGUGGAUCAUCGCCAUCUCCAUCUCUCUGCCACCUUUUUUCUGGCGACAGGUGAAGGCGGGGGAACUGACCAUCUGCACGGUGAACACAGACCACAUCUUUUACACCGUCUACUCCACAUUUGGUGCUUUCUACAUCCCCACGCUGCUGCUCAUCGCGUUGUACGGGAGGAUAUACGUGGAGGCGCGGAAGCGCAUCUUGAAACAGUCCCCCAAGAAAGCGGGUAAAAGACUCACUUCGGCGCACUUAAUCACGAAUUCACCAGCAUCGGUGGCUUCGACUUCUCCCUUACAUUGUGGACGGCAAGAUCUUUGCUCUGACACCGGCUCCAUGAGCAGUGACAAUCAGGUCAGAGUAACUAUAUCUGACUCACUUCUGGAGAAAAAGAGAAUUUCGGCUGCGAGGGAGAGGAAAGCCACUAAAACGUUGGGCAUUAUAUUAGGAGCCUAUAUUGUUUGCUGGCUGCCGUUUUUCAUCUACGCGCUGCUGGUUCCUCUCUGUCCAUCCUGUGGGUUUUCUACAGAACUCUUUGACUUUUUCACAUGGCUUGGUUACCUCAACUCAUUGAUCAACCCAAUAAUAUACACCAUGUCGAAUGAUGACUUUAAAAAAGCUUUUCACAAACUCAUAAGGUUUAGAUGUUGCAGACGUUAGGACGAUAGAGACAAAAUAAGUUUAUUGGCCUCGUUUGUAGAUGCAUAAGCGAAACGUCAUUCAAUGACUUUGGAUUUCGUUAGUGGCAGGUUGGCGAUAAAUAAUAACGCCAAAUUGUGUAAAAAUCAGCCUUGUCUUUAUUUCUUAUCAUAUGUGCAAUUAAUCUGAAAUAACAUAGUCAUUGACCAGAGUUGCUUAUCAAAAAUUGAAUAAAUAAGUUGGGCAAUCAAUUUUGCUUGUGUUUAAAUUCAGUUACGUUCUUUCAGUCUUAUAUGCAUUAUUAAACACCACCAAUAUUUGCACCACUCCCAGCAGAGCAUGGCCACCUUAAUUUGGUUUCUUAAAAAGCCCAAUCAUAAAUGAAAUAUAUAAUUAUAAAUAACCUAUUUAACAUAAAAAUAUACACAGUAUUGCAUCUGUAUUUUGGUUGCUAUUAUGUUCUCAGUGUUGCAAAUGAUGGUGUUUUUUGAUGAUGAGAUGAGCUAACAGUGCUAAUGUAUAUUAUGGAUACAUUUGUACACAGGUCAAUACUCUGUUCAGCAGCAGUAAAUAAAAGUUCAAGUACCCUGAGCCUCUGGCCAAGUAAACUGACCGACAUUAAGUUUUGGGCAUGCAUAAUUUGCGCAAAGUCUAAAUAGAUGCACCUUCUGCUCCAUGCACUCAUAAGUCAUUCAGCACUAUCUGUCACUUGGCAGCAUGAGAGCUCAUUGAGUAACUGAGAAUGACACGUUUAUCACAGGAGGUGAGUUAUACGUCAAAGAUGCACCGAACAAAGGGUUGAGAUAUCGACUUCUCGUGCCCAUAUGGAGUUGACAUCCACAGACGCAAAAUAAAUACCAGGACAGAAUCACUGCAAAGUCACAGCACUGCAAAAUCAUUUCAUAUUUCAAUUUAGUUUUCCACAAUAAGCCAGAAUGCGUCAACCCUGUCUUUUUAUGUUUAAUUCAGUCAUUGUAAACCUUUAUUUAGCUAUUAUCCCCUUUAGAUAUUUUUAUAAAAAAUGUGCAAGAACUGUA